UCGCAAUUGGGAAGGGCAUAAUUCAAAGUAUAAACCUAAGAUCUUAUGGCCGCUAAAUGAAAGAAUUGAAUUCAUACUUUUUUUUUCUAUUGACCUGGCUCUAUUUUAUCCAGACAAGCCUCUAUAGAAUGAUGGUGCCGACAACAAAAACAACAAACACAAAUGGCCAACUGAGGUGAGAUGUGGCACUUCACUUUUAAUCAGUUUUCGUCUGACUUGUUCCAUGACAGCUUCACUCCAGCAACCAGGAGCACCCUUCCCUCCCAAUGAAGCACAAUGCUCUUCUUCAUCAGCAAAUACCUCAAAAGGGCUUCAAAACAUGGUGGAAAGAACAAUCACAGGGAGAAGCAAGAACCCAAGAAGAAGAGAAACAACAACAACAACAAAACCAGCAAUAUGAUCUCAGUAAACAUGAGGAAUUCGCCGCGCGCGUGCCUGCCGGGCUGCUGCCCAGCCCCACUCUGGGGUCUGAUAGGCCCGUGCAGGCGCGGCAGCACUGCGGCUGCUGUCGUCACUGCUGCUGCAACUACUAUCACGUCCGCGAGAAUUUCGCGCUCCAACUUCGCGAAAUCCACCACCUCUUCUAUCCUUGCCAGCACGCUGUUCACCAAUCAUGAAUCCCUCCCGCCCUUUGCUGACGCCUUAAUGAACUUUCUCGCAGCCUUCCCGCAGUUCGAAGAGGCCCAGCAAGCUGAACACAUCAGAAAGAAUGAGUACCAUCACCUCGCCCAUCACGUCUGCCUCGACUACACUGGUAUCAGCCUCUUCUCGCAUGCGCAGAUGGUGAAUUUCUGCUCCCUACCGUCGUCAUCUUCCGGGCUCUCGCGCCCUCCCCCUCCUCUCUUCAGCAUAUCCUUCAAGUAUGGGAGCUGGGAGUCUCUGCUCCAGCAUGUGAGCCAAGAAAAAGAUCUGGAAUCACAAAUCAGGAGGAGAAUUAUGGGCUUGCUCAGCAUAACAGAAGCGGACUACUUCAUGGUGUGCACCUCUAACAGGACCACAGCAUUCAAAUUGUUAGCUGAUUCCUAUCCCUUCCACAACAACCGGAAGCUUCUAACCGUGUACGACUACGAGAGCGAGGCGGUGACCGCCAUGGUAGAGAGUGCGCAGAAGAGAGGAGCUAGAGUCGCUUCCGCCGCGUUUACGUGGCCGAGCUUGAGGAUUCACUCGGCGCAAUUGAGAAAAGAUCUGAUGAAGAAAGGAAGAAAGAAGAAACAUAGAGGGCUCUUCGUGUUUCCGCUGCAGUCGAGGAUGACCGGAACGAGAUACCCGUAUUUGUGGAUGAGCUUGGCGAAGGAGAAUGGAUGGCACAUCGCGCUCGACGCGUGCGCGCUUGGACCCAAGGACCUGGACACCUUCGGGCUUUCUCUUAUCCGUCCGGACUUCAUAAUUUGCAAUUUCUACAAGGUGUUCGGCGAAAACCCCUCAGGGUUUGCAGCCCUAUUCAUCAAAAAAACGAGCUGCCAAAUAUUAGAAGCGUCGGAAAUCACAAGUAGCAUCGGAAUUGUUAGGAUCGUGCCUGCGAGAAGUGUUUCUCAGCUCCGAGACGAUUAUUCGAGCGCAGAAUUAGAGCCCCAACUGAACAAGUUUGAGGAAGAUGAUGUAGAGAACACAAGUUCCUUCUCUGGACCAAUAUCAAGUAAAGAAAAUCGGCCAAGCGAUAACCCUUUGAGUUCAAAAGAGGGAAACAAAAGAGAGUCAUCAUCGGAAAUUGUAGAGGAAGACGGCGUGAAUCCGGCAAAAAUAGAGAGAGGAAAAGAGAUUAUUGCAGGAGAAGAUGAUGACAUUGUGGAGGAGAUUGAAUGCAGAGGGCUCGAUCACGCAGAUUCUCUAGGCCUGAUACUCAUCAGUAACAGAUUAAGAUGCAUCACAAACUGGUUGCUUGUUGCACUUUCAAAAUUGCGGCAUCCUCAUGCAGAAAAUGGCCAUUCUUUAGUUAAGAUCUAUGGCCCGCGAGUAAAAUUCGAUAGGGGGCCAGCAUUAGCAUUCAACUUAUUUGAUUGGAAAGGCGAGAAGGUCGAGCCUUCGCUCGUGCAAAAGCUCGCAGAUAGAAGCAACAUUUCUCUAAGCUGCGGCUUCUUAGAGAAUAUUUGGUUCUCAGAGAAAUAUGAAGUAGAUAAGGACUCGGUGUUAGAGAAAAGAGUUAGUGAUAAAACAGCUGCAGGUGAUCACAAAAAGAAAGAGAGCGUUCCUGUGGGGAUUAACGUCGUAAACGCAUCACUAGGAUUCCUCACUAAUUUUGAGGAUGCCUACAGGCUGUGGGCUUUCAUUGCCAAGUUCUUGGAUGCGGAUUUCGUCGAGAAGGAGAAGUGGAGAUACAUGGCUCUCAACCAGAAGAUGAUCGAAGUUUAAGAGCAAAAGAAACUAAAAUUUGUACAAAUUAAGUAGGAUAGUUUUCAAUUUGGCUUUCUUUAUUUUUUGCAUUUUCAAUUCAGUGCAUUCAUUCAGAUUACAUGUGUUCUAAUGUGGAUUCCUCUAUUUUUUGUCAGCAGAAGUGUUCUGCUCAUCUAACUGGUAAUUGAAUUGAUACAAUUGUAUGUUUGAGAAA